AUGGGUGCCAAGCAUUUCGCUAGAAGGAUCAAAAUGUUCACAAGUGUUCUCUGCAUUGUCCUCGCGGUGUGCGCUACUUUGGCUUCGCACAGUUCUGCUAAAUAUAUUGAGCGGCACAAAAGAGAUGUGGCUUCCGACCUAGAUAUUCCCUCAAUCGACGCUUCACCGAUUGGUCCAGAAUUUUGGGACCGCAUAUUUAACCAAGGCAAUUCGGAACAGCAGAGAAGAAUUGCCGUCAACCCAGUUGUUCAAAAUGUGACACGAGAUGAGGUGGGAAAGCUGUCAGCAACAGAGAUCACACAACCGCCUAAGAAGGGGGAUUUUGCCACAACAGAUAAGAAGAAGAAAAAGAAAGAUUCGGACAGAAAAGAAAGAAAGGAAAAGAAAAAGGAUAAGAAGACGACAGAAAUUCCCACCACAAUGCAGCCUACGCCACAUCCUUUACCAGCUGAAGUCAAGAAACCGUCACAAGCUCAGGAACCCCAGGAUAAGAAGAGGACAGAAAUUCCCACCACAAUGCAGCCUACGCCACAUCCUUUACCAGCUGAAGUCAAGAAACCGUCACAAGCUCAGGAACCCCGCUUCGGAAGUCCGUCACAAAUGCAUCCGAACGCAUCUGCGUCUGUCAUGCCUCAUGCAGAAACCGGCUAUCUCUUUCAUGCGCUUGGUCUGCUAACGAAUGAUGCCCACAGCUUCGUGCAGAUGUUGGAAGAUCUCAAUGAAAAAAACUACAAGACUCUGGCGAACCUCCUUAGACACCACCACUCUUCCUCACUCGGUGCGGCAGAUUACGACACUAUGCUACAGACUUGGAUGCAGAUUGCUAUAGGAUCCGAGGAGCUCACUGAAAGUUUCCUCCGUCGAAUGCAUAAUUUAGCUGGAGCAAACAGAUCUGUCGAUUACACAAGCGCCUUGCUUUCCAAUUUGAGGAUCUAUCUGAAAUCGUAUGUAUCGGGUAUUUUGAAGAGGCAACAUACAGUGUUGCAAACAGCUUUCGGUUUCGUCAACCAAAAUUCAAGUGGGUUAACGCUCGCUCGCAAAGAAUGUGUCAUGUAA